GCGCUCCCAGCCCCCGCGCGCCGGCUUUCUGUUUUUUUCCUCCACCGCCGCCAUCGCCAUCCUCCUCCUCCUUCUCUUCUUCUUCUUCCACCGCUUAUCCUCCUUCUCCACCUUCUUCUCCUUCGUCUGUCCAUCCGCGGCUUCUUCAGCUCAUCAGCAUCAUGCGCGAGAUCGUGCACCUGCAGGCGGGACAGUGCGGCAACCAGAUCGGCGCUAAGUUCUGGGAGGUGAUCAGUGAUGAGCAUGGGAUCGACCCCACCGGUACCUAUCAUGGGGACAGUGACCUGCAGCUGGACCGCAUCAGCGUCUACUACAACGAGGCCACCGGUGGGAAGUAUGUUCCUCGUGCCAUCCUGGUGGAUCUAGAGCCCGGCACCAUGGACUCGGUCCGCUCCGGCCCAUUCGGACAGAUCUUCAGACCCGACAACUUCGUCUUCGGUCAAAGUGGGGCUGGAAACAACUGGGCCAAAGGUCACUACACAGAGGGGGCGGAGCUUGUAGACUCAGUCCUGGAUGUGGUCCGUAAGGAGGCGGAGAGCUGCGACUGUCUGCAGGGUUUCCAGCUCACGCACUCCCUGGGCGGCGGCACCGGGUCCGGCAUGGGUACCCUGCUCAUCAGCAAGAUCCGUGAAGAGUACCCCGACCGCAUCAUGAACACAUUCAGCGUGGUGCCCUCGCCCAAAGUGUCCGACACCGUUGUGGAGCCCUACAACGCCACCCUGUCCGUCCACCAGCUGGUGGAGAACACGGACGAAACCUACUGCAUCGACAACGAGGCGCUCUACGACAUCUGCUUCCGCACGCUCAAGCUGACCACGCCCACUUACGGAGAUCUCAACCACCUGGUCUCGGCCACCAUGAGCGGCGUCACCACCUGCCUCCGCUUCCCUGGCCAGCUCAACGCUGAUCUCCGCAAACUGGCCGUCAACAUGGUGCCCUUCCCACGUCUCCACUUCUUCAUGCCUGGCUUUGCACCCCUGACCAGCAGGGGGAGCCAGCAGUACCGCGCUCUGUCAGUUCCCGAGUUGACCCAGCAGAUGUUCGACGCCAAGAACAUGAUGGCCGCCUGCGAUCCGCGCCACGGUCGCUACCUGACGGUGGCCGCCGUCUUCCGUGGACGCAUGUCCAUGAAGGAGGUGGAUGAGCAGAUGCUCAACGUACAGAACAAGAACAGCAGCUACUUCGUCGAAUGGAUCCCCAACAACGUCAAGACCGCCGUCUGCGACAUCCCCCCUCGUGGCCUGAAGAUGGCAGCAACCUUCAUCGGCAACAGCACCGCCAUCCAGGAGCUGUUCAAGCGCAUCUCCGAGCAGUUCACCGCCAUGUUCCGCCGCAAGGCUUUCCUCCACUGGUACACCGGAGAGGGCAUGGACGAGAUGGAGUUCACCGAGGCUGAGAGCAACAUGAACGACCUGGUGUCUGAGUACCAGCAGUACCAAGACGCCACGGCCGAAGAGGGCGAGUUCGAAGAGGAGGGCGAAGAGGAGGCUGCCUAAACCCUUCUUUCCUGCUUAGUCUUAGUACUUCUUCUCUUCUUCCACCUCAUUCGUUACUCCUCCAGCUCCUUCCAUCCCUUCUUCGCCACACUUCCUUUGUUGUUUCUUUGUCAUCCCUCCCCUUCCCUACCGACCUCCACCUCUCACUCAGUAUCAGUCUCCAUCACUCGUGGUGUUUCGUGAAAGGUGUAUCCGUUGAAGACAACGAAAGGAAGCAAGCUCUCGUCGACACGUUCUCACUUUUCGGCAGUGGUGUAUGUUCUUGUGCUCUCUCAGUCAGUCAGUCCCGGUCCAUUACUUGUGUUCCUCUGUUUUGACUUAUUUUCACCGUGGAAAUCACAAACGUAGAUUGAAUAAAGAUGUGAGUGAACCAAAA